AUGAAUGAAUCAGAGUUUAAAAAAUACAAGAGAAAUUUGAAAGUUAGAGAAAAUAGUUCAUCAAAAACUCUAUGGUUAGUUAUUUAUAUUUGCUUCAUCUAUCUACUCUUUGGAUCUUUUAAUAUGUGUGGCAAAAUCUUUUUAACAUGUGCAUACAUCUAUUCAUUUUCAGAAAACAUUUCACAUUUGGAUUAUAGCUCAUUAAAUUUAGUUAAUUUUUAGUAAUCUUUUUAUAUAGAAUAUUAUUAGAUGGUUUCUAUUUCAAUUAGUAGGACCUUUAAGUCUUACAUUUAUGCCUAAUUUAAUUGGAAAAAUGAAAUUCAGAUAUAUUUUAUUAGCAGCUUCACUUGGUCCCAUUAUAUUCUUGACACCAGCUCCUUAUGCUUGUUUGUGUAAAGAUUCUUAAUCACCUGGUUGUAAUAAAGCCAUAAUAUAUUUAUGUGCAAUUUUAGUAUCUAUAAUUGCUGGUUUGAUGCAAUCAAUAUUACUAUUUACCAUGCUAUUUUAUUUAUCUAAUUUAUCAAAAAGUCAAGAAAAAGUGAUUUAUUAUGGUUCAUUUUUUUUCAUGUAAUAUACAAAUUUUAAUUAGUCAUUCCUUAUAAUGGUUACUUGGAAGUUUGAUAGGUGAAAUAUUUAUUACAUAUGAUAAUAUGAGUACUGAAAACUCUAUAUCAAAAGUGUUUGGUUUACUUAUUCUAUUACAAUUUGUUGUAAGUCUCCUUUAUUUGUCAUUACCUGAAAAAUCUGAUGGUCGAUAUGAUAAAUUUCAUAGAACAAUAUUUGAAUAUUACAAUUCCAAAAGUUAAAAGCAAUCUAAAUUAGAAGUAACUGAUGGAAUUAGAGAAUUACUCUUAAAAUCAACUUAUAUCAAUACUGAUAAUGAUGAUGAAAGUGAUACAUUUAAAAAUGCAUAAGAUACUUCUAGAUCCCAAUCUAAAUCAGCUGUAGAUCUACAUUUAUUCAAAUCUUAAAUGUUUUAAAAUUCUAAUACUAAAUCAAUUAUGACAUUGUAAUGUUUCUCAAUAGAAGAAUAAAGUUUAGUAGAACUCUUAGAAUCAACAAAUUAACAAACAAAGAAUUCCAUAUCAAUUGAAGAAUAUUAAUCUCGUACUUACUUUUAGAAUAUAUACUUGACUUUACAAAAAUUAUAAUAAGAAGGAUUUUUGUCAGUUCUCCUUUUGUUAUCUUUUAUUGCCUGCAUAUAAGCAUUUUUGUUUAUAUAUUUUUUUCCAUUUUUUGCUUAUCCAGGAAUUAAGAAAUUAACAUUUUAAGCCAGAUUAGUAUUAUAGGGUUAUUUAUAUGUAGGAGUGGGUGAAUUAUUUGGUUCAUUUGGUAUUGGUUGGUUAGGAGAUUCAAAAGAUAAAAUUAAGUAAAUAUUAUCUAUAAAUUAUAAGUGCCCUUAUAUAUAUUCUUUAUAUAUUCUAAUUUGGCUGUUUUGUAGCAUGGACAUCAUAUUAUUUUUAGUAUGAAAUUUUAGUAUUGGUAUUCUCAUGUGCAACAGGAUUUUGUGAUUCAGCAAUGACUUCAAGUGUGAUAUCUGUUUUAACAUUAAGAUUUCCUAAAGUAUAUUAUUUAUAAAACAUAGCUCAUAUACCUAGUAGACUUAAUGUAUUUUAUUUACUCUAUUUCAUUUGCCCUUUUAGCAUUAGUUUUUAUAUCUUGUAAUUUUAAUAACAACACAUUUAUAUCUUUAAUUUUAUUGCAGGUUUUUGGGUUGCUAGGGCUAUGUGCUGUUUACAAAAUUAAUAAUCUUAUAGAAAAAAAAUAAAUUGUAGUUCUUCCAUGA